AUGCUCCAUCGCUCAACGUUCAAAUUACAACCUAAAUAUCUUGUAGCGUCAUCUUCAUCUUCUGCUUCAACUGCUCGUCGCAUAUGGACCUCGUACGCUUUACUAUUGGAGACACACCCAUUAAGUGUCAAGAUUGUGACAGGUGGUGUCAUUGCAGGGCUGGGCGACAUAGUUUGUCAACUCGCACUGGAAGGCGAGCACCAAUUUAAUGUCAAACGUGCAGCUAUUUUUACUUUUUUGGGAGGGGGUGUCAUCUCGCCCAUCCUUCAUGUCUGGUAUCGAAUAUUGAAUACAAGCCUACCAGGUGUUUCUGCUACAGCCAUUGCCAAGCGCCUAGCAAUGGAUCAAUUGGGCUUCGCACCACUAUUUUUGCCCAUCUUUCUGUCUUCCGUUAUGACGCUUGAAGGACGUGCACAAUUUAUUCCAGAUAAACUGCAGGCUGAUUGGUGGCCCAUUACUAAAACCAACUGGAUCGUUUGGGUACCUGCACAGCUUGUCAAUUUUCGCUUUGUGCCGGGCUCAAUGCAGGUGCUUUUUUCCAAUGUAAUGGGACUGUUUUGGAACGCAUACUUGUCGUAUGCCAGCCACUCAAAGGUACCCAAACAAAUUCUAGCUGAACACGAGUUGACGGAUAAGGACAAGACGUAG